UCAUCCCCUCUUCAUCGCCAGCUGAUUUUGGAAUCAACUUUUUGCGUUUAUUAAGCGAUUUAUCAGUAAUUUAAUUAGUAAUUUUUAGUUACAUCCCCUAGAGCAUAUCAUUAAAUCAGGCAUACAAUGGGAAACUUGUUCGGUAAAUCGAGCAGUAAAGCUAAAGUGAGCAGAGUAACCGAACACGACAAAGCAGUGCUGCAACUUAAACAACAAAGAGACAAAUUGAAACAGUACCAGAAACGGAUUGAACUUCAGUUGGGGAAAGAUCGAGAGAUGGCGAAAAAAUGUUUGGCGACUGGUCGAAAAGAACGAGCGAAAACGCUGCUUCGUAAGAAGAAGUACCAGGAAAAGCUCCUGUCCAACGCGGACGCUCAGAUUGAAACGAUAGAGAAACUAGCGUCCGACAUCGAAUUUGCCCAGGUGGAAGCGCAGGUCAUCAGUGGCCUCAAGGUCGGCAACGAAGCACUGAAGAAGGUGAACGAAAUCCUCUCGAUCGAAGAGGUUGAACAGAUACUGGACGAAACGAGAGAGAGCAUCGAAAAGCAGCAGGAGAUUGACGCACUGCUGAACGGUGUACUGACCGAGGAGGACGAAGAUGAAGUGCUGGCCGAGUUGGAGCAGCUCGUUGGAGGCCAAGACGAGGAGAAGGCUACAGAGGAAGAGGAUAUUGGCGAAAGGUUGCCCGUUGUGCCCGAGGAUGAACCGACGCCCGAGAAGCGGCGGAAGGAGAAAGAUUCGGAGCGGUCUGGCAAGAAAAUAGCCCUGGAGGCUUAAGCCAAGCUCUAGAAUUACUUGGGAAGGUUUAGCGAUGGAUGCGGCCCGUUUUUAUACUGAUAGCAACAAACCCAGUCAAAUGACUAUUUUGAAUGCCUGCUUUUAUGCGAAUCGAUGACCUACAGAUUGGAAUACUUGCCCGGAUGG